GACACAAGAGGGAGAGCUGGAGAGGCAGCUGCUGUGUGAGCUCGUCCACAACGCUUUGAGCAGGUAGAGCGGACACGGGCAACAGAGGGAGAGGCGGGGGAGAGAGAGAGAGAGAGCAGGAGGGAAAGGAGGGGUGUCUUUUCACCUGAAGAUUACUUUGUCUCACACUUCUCUCACCCUGAGCGCUGGAAGGAGCUGAUCAGGAGGUGCCAGCUCUUGCUCUCUGGUGUUUUUUGUUCCUGUCUCCUGCACGGGGGGGUCAGCUGGACUUCUCUGCAAAAGAUCAGCCUCCUCUGGAAGAAAUAGAAACCGGCACGUCAAGGAGAGAAGACUAAACAAAGUGAGAAAACUGCAGUAAAUGGUGCUGGCUGCACGGGAGGAGAAGUUUGAGAGCUUUUAAAAGGACGGCAACAGUAGCCAGAAAGAACCAGGAAACAACCGCACUCGUGAAGAAAGAGGAUUUUCAAAUACAACUCCGUGUUUAACAAUGGGAGACCGAUUGCAUCUUCCAGCAGUUGUCGGCACCUUGCUCCCCGCGGUACUCUGCAUUUUGACCCUUCUGCCUCAAGGCCUUCUGGGUAAGCCGGCGGAGGAGGAAAACGCUGGAAGCUCGGCGCUGCUCCAGAGGGUGAAGAGAGGCUGGGUGUGGAACCAGUUCUUUGUCCUGGAGGAGUACACCGGACUGGAACCGCUUUAUAUUGGAAAGCUCCACUCAGACAUGGAUAAAGGCGACGGGUCCAUUAAGUACAUUCUGACGGGUGAGGGCGCGGGCACCACCUUCACCAUCGACGACAGCACGGGGGACAUCCACGCCAUCCAGAGGCUGGACCGGGAGGUGAGGGCCCAGUACGUCCUCCGCGCCCAGGCCCGCAACCGCCUGACGGACAGGCCUCUGGAGCCCGAGUCCCAGUUCAUCGUGAAGAUCCAGGACAUCAACGACAACGAGCCGAAGUUCCUGGAUGGGCCAUACCAGGCGUCUGUACCCGAAAUGUCCAAUAUAGGAACAUCUGUGAUCCAGCUGACCGCCACAGACGCCGACGACCCCACGUAUGGCAACAGCGCUCGUGUGGUCUACAGCAUCCUGGAGGGCCAGCCGUACUUCUCGGUGGACGCCAAGACUGGCGUGGUCCGGGUGUCCCUGGCAGACAUGGACAGGGAGACCAGAGAAAACUAUACUGUCUCCAUCCAGGCCAAAGACAUGGGCGGCCAGCUGGGGGGGCUCGCCGGUACCACCACCGUCAACAUCACGCUCGGCGACAUCAACGACAACCCGCCCAUGUUUGACCAGAGACUGUAUCAGAUGAGCAUCCCAGAGUCGGCUCCUGUGGGUUCAGUGGUGGGUCGCAUCUGGGCGAAGGACAGGGACAUCGGGGUCAACGCCGAGAUGAAGUACAGCAUCAUCGACGGAGAUGGGAGGGACACCUUUGACAUCAGCACCGACCCCACCAACCUCUUCGGCAUCAUCACAGUGAAAAAGCCACUGGACUUUGAGAGCAAGCCCAGUUACACUCUGAAGGUGGAGGGUGCCAACACACACCUGGACCCUGCUCUCCGCGGGACCUUCAAGGACGUCACCAUCGUGCACGUGAGCGUGGACGACGUGGACGAGCCCCCGCUGUUUGACUCGCCGGCGUACUACAUCGAGCUGUCGGAGGACACCGAGAUCGGGACGGUGUUGAGGACGGUGUCGGCGAGGGACCCUGAUGCUGCCAACAACACUGUGAGGUAUUCCAUCGAGAGAUCCAGUGACCCAGAGAAGUUCUUCUACAUCGAAAUCACUUCCGGGUCGCUGAUGACGGUGCGUUCGCUGGACCGAGAGGAGAUCGGCUGGCACAACAUCACCGUCCUCGCCAUGGAGAUGAAUAACCCCACACAGAUCUCCAGUGUGUCGGUGGCUGUGAGGGUCCUCGACGUCAACGAUAAUCCCCCCUCGCUGACGCACUACUUGGAGGCUUAUGUGUGUGAGAACGCCAAAGCAGGACAGCUGAUCCAGACGGUGACGGCAGUGGAUCCAGAUGAGCCGCUGGGUGGACAACACUUCUACUACAGUCUGGCUCCAGAGGCCGCCAACAACCCCAACUUCACCCUGAGAGACAACCAAGACAACACAGCGUGGAUCCUGACGCGGCGAGGAGGCUGGUCGCAGCAGGACCAGACCAUCUUCUACCUGCCCAUCUUCAUCUCCGACGGCGAGCAGCCGGUCCAGACCAGCACCAGCACGCUGACCAUCCGCGUGUGCAGCUGCGACCACGAGGGCAAUGUCAUGUCGUGCAACGCCGAGGCGUACAGUCUGCCCGCGAGCCUCAGCAGAGGGGCGCUCAUCGCCAUCCUGGCCUGCAUCUUCGUCCUGCUGGUGAUGAUUCUGCUCAUGCUCUCCCUGCGCACCCACCGCAAGAAGCCCUACCUGUGCGACGAGGAGGAGAACGUCCACGAGAACAUCGUGCGCUACGACGACGAAGGCGGCGGCGAGGAGGACACCGAGGCCUUCGACAUCGCCGCCAUGUGGAACCCGCGUGAGGCGCACCACCACCUGGGCAAGAUGAGGCAGGACAUGCUGCCGGAGAUCGAGAGCCUGUCGCGUUACGUCCCUCAGGCGUGCGUCAUGGGCGGCGGCAGCGGGGACAGCAACGUUCACGGAUACGUGCUGGCAAAGCUCCUGGACGCCGACAUGGACCCGUGCGCCCCGCCUUACGACUCCCUGCAGACCUACGCCUACGAGGGGGAAGGCUCGGUGGCAGAGUCGCUCAGCUCGCUCCAGUCGGGGACGUCCAACACGGACCACGAGUACGACUAUCUCAACGACUGGGGGCCUCGCUUUAAAAAGCUGGCCGAGAUGUACGGCGUGCUGGAGACAAACACUCCUCCGAUGUGGUAGAGCAGCAGAACCGUUUUGCCUUUUUAAUCUGAGAUAAAUUACACCAACAAAAAGAGACAAAACCAUCAGAGAAGUGACACAAACGUGUGCACAACAAAGCCUGGAUGUGCUCGCGACCAUAUCCAUGACUGUCAGCACUUGAAUUCCUGCCGAAGCCUCGAUUCUCCACAGCCUUGAAGGCCUGAGAUGCCCACAGCAGCAGCAGCAGCAGCAGUGUGAGCUGGUUUUAAAUCUCCCCUUAGAGACUGGAGGCUGGAUUGGCAGCCUUGCGAGGCCCUUGCGAAGGAACGGCUUCAAAGCACAUGUUACUCCCCUGCCUGACCCAGCCACAGGCAGAGCCCCUUUGGUUCAAAGUGUUGAGCGAUUCAUGCCAGAGAUGAAACCGAGAGAGAGACCGAAUACUCGCAGCAGCACAGGAGACUAACUCUGAAAUGCUGAUCCACUGUUCUGAGCUUUUAUACGACCCGAGCCACGAAAGUCAUAGCUGCAAUUUCUGUUUCAUCCGUGGCAGGUCUUAAUUUAUUUCUUCGUUCCAUGUGCUGUAUUUAUAUUUUUUGCUAACUUAUUUGGGUACUUCGAACCAACACUGUACUUAAACUGCCGCUAUGUAAGGAAGUCUUUAAAAGAUCACAUAUAUACGUUGUAACAUACAUGAUGUAAAAGUUCUUGUUUCCCGUCUAAAUGUCACAUGACGUGCACAGGAGAUGGCGAUGCUGUAAUCCCAUGUGGGGUUUCCAGGUUUAUCGUAUUAUUAUUUUUUUUAGCUAUUUGUAUCGUAACUCUGUUUUUGUUCCCAAAAACAUGAAGCAGUUCAUUCAUGAGGACACGAGGGAAGAUAUUGUUUUUUGGGGGGGAAGAGGACACAUCCCAGCAGGCGGUCAAACGUCACUCACCUGGACGAGCACAUGACCGAGUCGCCUUUCGUUACGGAUCCACCGCCGUGCCAAACCAGAGUCCGGCGGCACCGAGGCUCGAUCCGUCCUGCAGGAGACGCUGUGUUGCUUCUCUGCUGCCACCACACGAACGUGGCUCCGAUUCCUGUGGACUUCAGAGACAUUAAUAAUCUGCGUUAAGUGCCAAAUGUACAAAAAAAAAGACAUUUUGGAUGAAAAAAAAUCAGCAAAACACAAACACCAAAAGAUUAAAAAAGGAUUUUA